AUGUCAGGCUCAAUGGAUCCCACAAUUGCGCGACCUAAAAUGCAAAAUGUGUUAGGUUUUCAACGAGAACAAUUUCAAGAUAUAUCACUCCCAAUUGACCACCAAGACCUGGUCUAUGGGGCAUGUAUCCUGAAACAUUCAAUACAUGGGACUGAGUUCCCAGAUCUCGCAUGGCUUGUUCCCAAUGAUCUUGCAAGCCCCAAUGUUAUACGACCUACUCUGAUUGCAGUUGGCACCAUUGCAAUUGCCGAUGCACUAGUAAAAUGGCUACGUACCCAGCUGAAGGCUUUUAUAACUGAAGAAUGCAGCUUGGUCUUCCCAUUCCAUUUGAUUAUACCACAAGAGGAUCGCAUCCAAACUCUUCUGGAGCUUGAACAGGGGCUUGUUCAGAUAGUUGUCACGACAACAGUGGGUAACGUUGGGCUUGACAUGUCAGUCAAGGACGUAAUCAUCCUUGACCUUCCUGCAGACUUUGAGUCAAUGACUCAGUGGAAUGGCCAGGCAAGCCGUGAUGGGAGUGGAGGCCAUGUUAUAAUAUAUGCACCUGAUGAAAUACAAAUCGAAAAUAACUUUGACCUCUAUGGUGACCAAGCCAACAAGAAGAAGUUGUCAAAGAACACCCUUGCAGCACAGGUGGCUUACCGAGAUAAAUGUGCACUGGGAUUUGUGGAGUAUUUCAACCCAGGUCAUCCAAAGUGCUAUCAGUGUGUGUCGUGUGGAUAUUAUGAUGAGCCCUACUAUCGACCAGAGCAAUGUUGUGAGGCUCCUGGAUGCACACCUGGGCCACCAAAUGAUUAUCAAUCAGCAACGGAUCACUAUAUGGAAAAACUUACAUGA